AUGUACCAUUUGUCGAAUCUGUUUUGGUGCGAAAUUUGUAACUUAGCAAGACAGAGAAGACAAAUAGCGGCAAUAUAUUCACCUUGGAAGAACAAAAGUACAAGUAGUAAAGAACACUCAAGUUCGGCUGAAAUAUGCGUGGAUAUUGUACGGAAGUCUGACUUUGAAAAUUAUUUAUGUACGCUCUUAUAUCCAAAGCAAAUCAGGACUUCAGGCUUUGCUUUACGAGCUUUCAAUGUGGAAAUUGCUCAGAUAAAAGAUUUAGUAAAAAGUCCACAACUUGGAGAAAUUCGAAUGCAGUAUUGGAAAGAUACAGUAGACAAUAUCUACCAAGGAACCAUACCACCAUUUCCAGUUGGUAAAGAACUUGCCAGGGCUAUUCAUGAACACAAGUUGUCUAAACACUGGUUAUUUCGGAUCAUUGAAACUCGAAAAACCCACCUGACAGAUGCACCAUUUACAAGCAUAAGUCAUUUGGAAGAUUAUGCCGAAAAAACAGUGUCUAGCCUUAAUUACUUACUUUUGGAAAGUUCAGGUGUAAAAAAUGUACAAGCUGAUCAUAUAUUGAGUCAUCUGGGGAAAGCUCAAGGGAUUGUAACUCAGCUAAGAGCCACUCCAUAUACCUGCACAAAACAUAAGUUAUACCUUCCUUUAGAUGUCCUUAUCAAGCAUCGUGUACCUCAGGAAUAUUUCUUUCGUAGAAAGAGUCAUCAAGCAGUUAAAGAUGUCAUUUUUGAAAUUGCAUCCGCUGCUCAUCAGCAUUUAAAUACGGUGAAGAAUUUAAAAUCCCCUGUAACAAAAGAAAUGCAACCUGUUUUGAAUAGUUUGGUGCUAUGUGAACAAUAUUUGAAAAAACUUCAGAAAGCUGAUUUUGAUAUAUUUCAUCCAAAACUUCAACAAAGAGACAACCUUUUACCUGUAAAACUUUGGCUACAAAGUAUAUGGCCUUAG